AUGGCUUUUGAGAAGCCAUAUCCAAUCUUGUUGUCUCUCUUGCUUGCCUUGCUUUCGCAUUCUGUAGCCGCUCAAGCUUCUAAGAAUUUACCCUGGGGCAGUGUUCUCACUGCAGGGGAAAAUGGCUCCUUCUGGCCUUCAUCAUCUGAUGAUUAUGCAUUUGGUUUCAAACAAAUUGAGAAAACAAAUGGUUUCUUACUAGCCAUCUGGUUCAACAAAAUUCCAGAGAACACUAUCGUUUGGUCAGCCAAGAAUGACAUAGGUGAUGCACUUGUUGUGUCAAAAGGUUCCAAAGUUGAGAUCAAAUCAGAUGGUUGGCUCCAGUUACUUGAUCCCAAAGGUUCCCAGAUUUGGAGUGGUGGCAAUUCUGGAAGUGGUGACGUUGGUUAUGCACAAAUGCUUGAUACUGGUAACUUUGUGCUAUUUGGUCAACGAUCUCAACCAUUGUGGCAAAGCUUUGAUCAUCCCACUGAUACAAUUCUACCAGGACAGGUUUUAAAUUCUCCUAGUGAAAUUGUUUCGCGCUAUUCGCAAAAUAAUUUUUCGACAGGGAAAUUUCAGCUUAGACUCCAAGAAGAUGGGAAUCUUGUGCUUCGAACAACCCAUUCUCCAUCGACAGCGGCAAAUUUGCCCUAUUGGAAUUCCGCGGCUUUGGGUGAUGGCUUCUCACUGGUCUUCAACCAAACAGGCUCUAUAUUUGUUCAGAGCAGUAAUAAAAGUAUAGCCGCAAAGUUAUCAUUAAAUGCUCCAUCCACACAAGAUUUCUAUCACAGAGCUAUUAUUGAUUAUGAUGGAGUUUUUAAGCACUAUAUCUAUCCCAAGGGUAAUAGUACCAGUGCCGGAAGUUGGCCCAUGUCCUGGUCAGUUUACUCCAACAUACCAGAGGAUAUUUGCUCUAACAUUACUGAUAGACAAGGAAGCGGAGCUUGUGGAUUCAACAGCUACUGUACCUUUGAUAGUGGGAUGAAAAGUUGCCUUUGUCCAUAUGGUUAUAUCUUCAUUGAUCCAAACGAUGUGAUGAAAGGAUGCAAACAAAACUUUGCUCCACAGAGUUGUAAUGGAACUUCUUCAGAAGCACAUCUCUUUAAUUUCACUGAGAUGGAACAAAUAAAUUUUCCAGGUCCUGACUAUGAUUACUUCACACCAGUAGGUGAGGAUUGGUGUAGACAAGCUUGUUUAGAUGAUUGUCAUUGUGCACUUGUUGUUUUCAGAGAUGGGGAAUGUUGGAAGGUGAGCCUACCUCUCAGAAAUGGAAAGAAUGUGUCAUCAUUUGGAGGGAAGGCUCUGAUUAAAAUAAGAAAAGAUAAUUAUUCUCCUUUGAAUCCUGAAAUUAUUUAUGUGAAGAAUGAUAGAUCAAAAUUGAUUAUUAUUGGUUCAACACUUUUAGGAAGUUCUGUAUUCUUGAACUUGCUCUUGUCAGUGGCAGUUUGUGUGGUUGUGUACUGGUUUGGUCACAGUAAUCAUAAGAAGCCCGAAGUUGGUUCAGUUAAGCCAAGGAUGAAUCUUAGAAAUUUCACUUAUAAAGAGCUAAUGGAAGGAACAAAUGGGUUCGCAGAAGAAUUGGGUCGUGGUGCAUUUUCUACUGUUUACAAAGGAGUUUUGCCAGACAUUCCAGGAAACCUUGUUGCUGUUAAAAAACUAAAAAUGGUGAAUGAAAAUGAGAAGGAAUUUGAAGCAGAAGUGAGUGCAAUUGGUCAAACACACCAUAGGAAUUUGGUGCAACUUUUGGGAUUUUGCAAUGAAGGUGAGCAUAGGCUGCUUGUCUAUGAGUUCAUGAGUAAGGGAACUUUAGCAAGUUUUCUUUUUGAAGGAGAAAGGCCAAGUUGGUAUCAAAGGGUGCAAAUUGCAAUAGGAACAGCUAAAGGACUUUUGUACUUGCAUGAAGAGUGCAGAUCUCAGAUCAUACAUUGUGAUAUCAAACCUCAAAAUGUAUUGCUUGAUGACUCUUACACAGCUAAAAUUUCAGAUUUCGGUUUAGCAAAGCUUUUGAUGAUUGACCAGACUGUAACUACAACGGCAAUUAGGGGAACUAAAGGGUAUGUUGCGGCUGAGUGGUUCAAAAACAAGCCGAUUACCAUGAAGGUGGAUGUUUAUAGCUUUGGAGUUCUAUUAGUAGAACUCAUUUGUUGCAGAAAGAGCUUUGAUGUGAAUGUUGAAGAUGAGAAUAAGAUGGUACUAAUAGAUUGGGCAUAUGAUUGCCUUCACCAUUGGAGAUUGGACCUAUUAGUGGAAGAAGAUAAGGAAGCUCAAAUUGACAUCAAGAGUUUUGGAGAGUAUCUGAAGAUCGGUAUCUGGUGCGUUCAAGAGGAUCCAUCAGCAAGACCCACGAUGAAGCAAGUUGUGCAAAUGCUUGAAGGAUUCAUGGAUGUGCCAAAUCCUCCCGAUCUACCAUCCUUUGCCAAUGAAUGUUAGGCCUUCCAACAAAUAAUUAUCAUCUACUUUCUCUACAUGGGUAUGUGAGUGACUAUGCAUUGCCCUCUGUGUUUAUUACGUAGGAAGAUGAGAAUAAUUAUGAGUGUGUUUUUUUAAAUAGAACUAAAAUAUUGUCAUGUUUCUUAAAUGACUUGAUUUAUUGUGUUUUUGUUGCUUAAAUGAGGAGACAUGACUCUUUUUUAAUCAA